AUGAACAAGCAGCGCGCUAGGGUGUGGACCUGUGCCAUGGUGGCCGCCAUGGUCAUGGCGCUCAACGGCUACGAUUCGUCGACCUUCAACUCCGUCCAGGGCUUCAAGACCUUUGUGGACGAAUUCAAGGCGUCUCCCGAGGCGACCAAGAUUGAGGCAAACAUGCUUGGUGCCGUCUCCACUGCCUACACCUGUGGUGGUAUCGUCUCGGGCAUGCUCAUCACGCCUACCUUGUCCAAGAGGUUUGGUCGCAAGCCGUGCAUGCAGCUCGGUUGUCUUAUCGUUAUCGCCUUUACUUUCCUCCAGGUUUUCGCCAAGAAUAUGCCUUCUUUUAUCGCUGGUCGUCUUCUCAUGGGCAUUGGCCAAGGAAUUGCACUUCCCAACGGCCCCACUUACAUCAGCGAGAUCGCACCCGCUGCCGUUAGAGGCAAAAUUUUGAGUUUCUGGCAGGUCUGGUACACCAUUGGCGCGUUCAUCGUAUACUGGACGGCCUACGGGUGUAAGACGACCAAGAUCGACAUGGGUUUGUGGCAGUGGCGCACCCCUAUUCUGCUCCAGGUUUUCCUCCCCGCCUGUGUCGUCGGUGGCCUCUUCUUCUGCCCUGAAUCGCCUCGUUGGCUCGUUGAGAAGGGCCGCAUUGACGAGGCCCGCCACUGUCUCGAGUUGACCCGCGAUCCCGACGAGGUCGAGAUUGAGCUCGAGUCGAUCAUCGCUGCCGUCGACUACGAGAGGGCUGAGAUCGACUUCAACCAGUCGUGGUACGCUCCUUACAUUACUCUCUUCAAGGACCCCUCGCUCCGUCGCCGCAUGUUCGUCGCUCUCUACAUCAACGCCGGUCAGCAGCUUUCGGGUAACACCACCCUCUCGUCCUACACCACCCUCAUUUACCAGAAGGUCUUCAACAACUCGGACACUUCGUUCCUCAUCAACGCUCUCAGCGCGUCCUUUGCCAUUCCCUUCACCCUCAACGCUACUUGGCUCGUCGACCGCAUUGGCCGCAAGCCCAUCCUGCUCAUCGGAGGCACAGGCCAGGCACUCUCGCUUCUCAUCAUUGCCAUCAUCGGUAUCGCCACACCCACCCUCGAUGACAAUGGCACUCGUCCUUACGCCGUUGGUAUCGCCAUUGCGCUCAUGAUGUUUGUCUUCAUCCUCUUCUACAAGCCCUCGUGGGGAGCCACUGUUUGGAUUUACACUGCCGACAUCUUCUCGACGUCCGUUCGUGUGCACGCCAUCGGUAUCAACUCGCAGGUCCAGAACGUCGUGUCGACCAUCCUCAACCAGUUCUUCCCCACCUUCAUGAACAACUGUGGUUUCUACACCUUCUUCUUCUUCUUCGGCACCAACGCUGUCCUCACCAUCGGUGUCUGGUUCAUCCUGCCAGAGACCAAGGGUGUUGCCCUCGAGGACAUUGACGAGCUCUUCGGCGGUGUCUCCCACCGCAAGGGUGGUGAGGAGCUCCACGACCGUGAGAUCGGCAAGCCCCACAGCGAGCACCACGAGGACAGGAAGGAAGCCAUCUAA